CAAGGGCUUUGGCAGCUGGGCCUGCGGGAUGCUCUCGCUGUACAAGCAGCAGAACAGAGCGUAACCCGAUCGCGCGCACACUAGCCACGGACACUUUGGAACUGAAUGAGCCUGCCUGCCCCGCCAAGUCCCACCCUCACCAUGGCCCCUGGAGAGAAGAUCAAAGCCAAAAUCAAGAAGAAUCUGCCCGUGACGGGCCCUCAGGCACCCACCAUCAAAGAGCUGAUGCGGUGGUACUGUCUGAACACCAACACCCACGGCUGCCGCCGCAUCGUGGUGUCGCGUGGCCGCCUCCGGCGCCUGCUCUGGAUUCUGUUCACGCUGACGGCCGUGGCCCUCAUUUUCUGGCAGUGUGCCCUUCUCAUCUCAUCCUUCUACACUGUCUCCGUCUCCAUCAAAGUCCACUUCCAGAAACUGGAUUUUCCUGCCGUCACCAUCUGCAACAUCAACCCUUACAAAUACAGUGCCGUGCGGGACCUUCUAGCUGACUUGGAACGCGAGACCAGAGCGGCCCUGAAGACCCUGUAUGGCUUUUCAGAGAUUACACAUCGGAAACGCCGAGAAGCAGAGUCCCGGAGUUCAGCCAGGGAAGGCAAAUUCCUCAACCUGGUCCCACUGCUGACCUUUGACACGAGUGAGACAGGCAAGGCCAGGGACUUCCGCACCGGACGGAAGCGGAAAGUCAAUGGGAAAAUCAUUCACAAGGCAUCAGAUGUCAUGCAUGUCCACGAUUCCAAGGAGGUGGUGGGAUUCCAGCUGUGUUCAAAUGACACAUCCAGCUGUGCAGUCUACACCUUCAGCUCGGGCAUCAAUGCCAUCCAGGAGUGGUACAAACUGCACUACAUGAACAUCAUGGCACAGGUGUCUCUGGAGAAGAAAAUCAACAUGAGCUACUCUGCUGAGGAGCUGCUGGUCACCUGCUUCUUUGAUGGGGUGUCCUGUGAUGCCAGGAACUUCACGCGUUCCCACCAUCCAAUGUAUGGGAAUUGCUACACAUUCAACAAUAGACAAAAUGAGACUAUCCUCAGCACCUCCAUGGGAGGCAGUGAAUAUGGGCUGCAGGUCAUCUUGUACAUAAAUGAAGAGGAGUACAACCCUUUCCUGGUGUCCUCCACUGGGGCUAAGGUGAUUGUCCACCGGCAGGAUCAAUACCCCUUCAUCGAGGACAUGGGAACAGAGAUAGAGACGGCCAUGGCCACCUCCAUAGGGAUGCACCUGACGGAGUCCUUCAAGCUGAGUGAGCCCUACAGCCAGUGCACGGAGGACUGGAGGGACGUGCCGGUCAUGAACAUCUACAACGCUACGUAUUCCCUUCAGAUCUGCCUCCACUCCUGCUUCCAGGCAAAGAUGGUGGAGAACUGUGGGUGUGCCCAGUACAGCCAGCCUCUACCUCAGGGAGCCAACUACUGCAACUACCAGCAGCACCCCAACUGGAUGUACUGCUACUACCAACUGCACCAGGCCUUUGUCCGGGAAGAGCUGGGCUGCCAGUCGGUGUGCAAGGAAGCCUGCAGCUUUAAGGAAUGGACGCUGACCACCAGCCUGGCGCAGUGGCCAUCUGAGGUGUCCGAGAAAUGGUUGCUGUCCGUUCUCACUUGGGACCAACGCCAGCUAAUAAACAGAAAACUCAACAAGACAGACUUGGCCAAACUCUUGAUAUACUACAAAGACCUGAACCAGAGAUCCAUCAUGGAGAGCCCGGCCAACAGUAUCGAGAUGCUUCUGUCCAACAUCGGUGGCCAGCUGGGCCUGUGGAUGAGCUGCUCCGUCGUCUGUGUCAUUGAGAUCAUCGAGGUCUUCUUCAUCGACUCCCUCUCCAUCAUUGCCCGCCACCAGUGGCACAAAGCCAAGGGGUGGUGGGCUCGGAGACAGGCGCCCCCCUGCCCCGAGGCUCCCCCCAGCCCUCAGGGCCAGGACAACCCGGGCCUUGUUAUAGACGAUGACCUGCCCACUUUCACCUCUGCCUUGCGCUUGCCUCCAGCCCCAGCGGCCCAGGUGCCCGGCACGCCGCCCCCCAGAUAUAACACCUUGCGCUUGGAGAGGGCCUUUGCCAGCCAGCUCACAGACACCCAGGUGCCAGCUGAAUCCUGAGGCAGGUGGGGGAAGAGAGAUGCAGCUAAGACCACCAGCCGUGGUGUGAGAACUUAGACCCUGUCUCCUGCACACAGAGGGGACCCUCUGCACCCUCUCUGGACUUUUCAGAGACAUUGACUACAAGUCUGCUUUGAACAAGGUGCAGGGGACGGUUGGACCCAUCCCAGCAACACUCACAGCCACCCAGGACGAGGCAGAUCCUGCAACCCAAACCCUUAGCACAUUUGCUACGGAGAGAGAUGGGGCCGAGGAAACGAGGCCGGCCUGGACAAAGGCCAGGAGUGAAGCCUGACAGAGUUCUUUGCCAGAUCUUCAGAGAGAAAGACUCCUCCAAAGCCCUAAGCUGGGGGUUUCAGCCACUCCCCAGCCUGGGCUGGGGCCCAAGGAUAUGACUUUGAGGCCUGACCAUCACUGCCUGGUGCCAAAGAUAGGAGGAAACUCCAGGCCUGGAGCUGAAGCCGUUUGUGAAUGAACUGUUCCUAGUCACUGACACUGGGGCAAGGUCUACUCGGUGUCCUCAGGCAGGAGCUGGCCCAAGGUCCUUGGAGUGUGUAGAGGGGAAGGGUACACUGAGGCGGAGGCCUGGGGGGGUGACAGGAGGUCCUCACUCAGGGUGGGUGUGGGGCCAUGCUUUGGGCAGCUAAGCCAGUGCUCUGGGUCCUUUCCCCAAGCGGGGGAGGGCCACAUAAAGGACAUUACUGGACACCCCUGUCCAGUGGCAGCCAAGGCACAGUGGAUUAUCUCCUGAUAACCCAACACAGCUGCUAUUCCUCCAAGGCAGACCCCCUACCCCCACCAAUGGCCUGCCCCCCACCAACAAGCCAGCCACUUGGACGACCACCUCCUGCCAUUCACACCUUCCAGGGUGAUGACAGCUGAUGCGUAUUAAGCACACAGCAGAUGCUCAGUAUCAGUUCAAGAACAGUGUGCUGGCUGCCGUCCUAAACACUUACAGAGAUUGGCACAGAGGACUGCAAACUACAGCCCACAGGCCAAAUCCUGUUUUUGCUUGUGACCUAAGAGUGAGUUGGGUGGUUUUUGUUUUUGUUUUUUAAUGUUAUUAAAAACAUCAAAAGAAGGACAGUUGUGACAUGAAAAUUAUAUGCAAUUCAAAUUUCUGUGUCCAUAAUAAAGUUUUAUUGGAA